CGAUUAUUAUCUAAUAAAAUUCCGGAUCGUAUUCUACAACGUCAAUGUCAAAAGUGAGGUUAAGUCAAAAAAUAAUAAUGUUUAAUCCUUAAAAAGUAAACUAAAAACAAUCUAAUUUAAUUACACCAACACCGAAAACCUUCAUUAAAAGGAACUGGUAACACAAGAAAGCAAAACAGACAAAAAACGGCAGCUUUAGCGAUGCAAGAAACAUCAGAAGCAGAUCAAAAAUUGAUUUCGAACGGAGAUUCGAAAGACAAGCCGAAAAUCCCACAGAAAACCUCCGGAUUGAUGAAAGUGUCCAGUUACUUUCUGGCGCUGAGACCUUGGUCGUUAAGUGCGAGUCUUAUGCCCACUUUGUUGGGCUCCACAAUAGCAUACAAAUAUCCAGGUUCCCAGGAUUUUAACUAUCUAACUUUGAUCCUCACAUUAUUUACCGUCGUCUCAGUACAUGGUGCCGGAAAUGUCGUUAACACCUACUUCGACUUCGUCAAAGGAAUAGACAAUAGAAAAUCAGAUGACAGAAUUUUAGUGGACCACAUUCUAUCUAAAGAUGAGGUUGUAUCACUCGGAGCACUUUUGUAUUUUGCUGGUUGUGUAGGAUUCAUACUACUAGCAAUGCUGUCGCCUGCGAAAAUGGAACAUCUAGCUCUUGUUUACUUUGGAGGACUGUCUUCUAGUUUUUUGUACACUGGAGGUAUUGGUUUUAAGUACAUAGCUUUAGGCGACGUGUUAAUAUUAAUUAUUUUCGGCCCUAUUUCCGUACUGUUCGCGUUCAUGUCGCAAACUGGACAUGUUGAAUGGGCCACAAUGUAUUAUGCUAUUCCUCUGGCACUAAACACUGAAGCCAUCUUACACAGCAACAACACCAGAGAUUCCGGAGCGGAUAAAAAAGUAGGAAUAGUCACUCUGGCGAUUUUAAUAGGACAUACCGCUUCGCAUGUUUUAUACGCGUUUUUACUCUUCACCCCGUACAUAAUGUUCUUUGUUGCCUCCUUGAAAUUCUCGAAAUGGUUCGUUUUGCCCCUCGUUACGCUACCGGGUGCAUUUAAAAUCGAAAAACAAUUCAGAUCAAACGACAUACAAGGUGUACCCAAGAAGACCGCAAAAUUAAAUUUGUUUUUCGGCGUCCUGUACGUGCUGGCGUGCAGUUUGGUCCCCACGUUGCCGUAUAUAACGAAAAGAUAGAUAUACGAGGGCCUCCUAUUAGUGUUUGUUACUGUUAAGUUAUUUUAUACUGUUCUAAAUAAUUUUAUACACUUCUCUUGAAUGCAGUGUGCAAUUUUGAUUUGCUCAAGUUACUUAUAUUUUAUUUAAACAACUAGGAGGGACUCGGAUAUAGCAGCGAAUCUCAAUUUUUUGUUGUUGUGUAAUGGCCUAAAGUUUUUCGUUGGCUCGACAUCACUAAAAGAUACCAAAAUGGUUGCAUGUUACACAUAUCAUUGUGUUAAUUCUAUUAUAUUUGUAGUUGCAAUAGCCAAAACUGAAGUUGAUUAGCACUAGUACAACUACACAUUAAAAACAAUUUUAUUUUUAGCUAUUGUAGUGGAAAAUGUAAGUUAUCAAAUUAGAAAAAAUAUAAUUGAGUCACUUAACGAGCUUUGUUGUGGUAUCAACUAAUUAUUGUUAACUGUAAGAGAUUUUUUAAAGACAAUAAUUGUAUCAACAGUAAAAGGUAUUUAAAGACUGUUAAUAGUAAUCAAUAUUAAAUUACUGUAUUGUAAACAAUGACAUUCUUAAAUCUAAAACUGAAGUUUGAAUUGUUGGUAUCUUUUAAGUAGGUAAUCUAGUUGUUAAGUAUGAUUUAAUUUUUUACCAGUAUUUAGUAUUUAUUAAACAAUUUAGUAAGAGUUUAUAUAUGUAUAUUUUAUGUAAAGAACAUUUGUUUCUAGUAAACAAUUUAAUUUGUUUCAUUUUGUUUUAUUGAAUGCGAUUGGAAUAAUAGGAUGGCUUUUGUACAAAAAUCAUGUAACAGGCUAAAUUAGUACUGAAUAGACGCGGAUAUUUUCCUAACUAGAUUUUAGAAUUUAAACAAUCUUCCACUAGUUUUAAGAAGAAUGAAUUACUCGCACAAAUUUUGGAGACAAUUGCUGUACUCCACAAUUUGAUUAAAAAUGAGGACUCGAAAAUGGAUGAUUCCAUAGGAUUUGUUCCGGUGGACCUUUUACAAUUUUUUAAUUAUACAAACAAGAGUAUAGUUAUAGUUUUGUUAUGAGACGUAUAAAUGAAUAUACUGUGGAAAAAUGAAACAAACGAAAACCAUCGGUAUCACAAGUUUCAGCAAAUUACCUCGAUAUAGAUUUAAAAAGAACUUGAUGCUUGUGGUAUUGACAUGUUUUCAGUAGAAGACCCCCCAGUGUACAAUAAAACUGAAUAUCAAGACAAUAAUUUAAAAGUCUGGAACGAUAUCAUCACUUAUAUAUAUUUAAAGGCGGUGUCGUAAAAUUUUUUAUGUUGUUUAUGACACCGUCUUUGGUUUACUGAAAUUUAUUGGAAUUUACCAAUAUUUAGGUACACAAAUUUAGGGACAUGUUUUUUGUAAUAGGGUGAUAUGCAUGUGUAGGCAGCUUUUCAACUUGCGAAACAUAUCUUUCAAAAAAUAAACAAAAUGAUCUUAUGCAAAAAAAUUAUGAAUAAAUAAAUUUAGUGUA